AUGCCUAUUGAUUAUUCACAUUGGAAAAAAAUUGAAGUUUCUGAUGAUGAAGAUGAUGUUCAUCCAAAUAUUGAUACACCAUCACUUUUUCGUUGGAGACAUCAAGCUAGAUUAGAAAAAAUGGCUCAAAAAAAAGAACAAGAAUUGAAACUUAAAAAAGAAAAAGAAGAAGUUGAGAAACAAAAACAAGAACUUGAACAGAAAUUUAAAAAUGUAGAUAUUGAAAAUAAUGAUGAAUAUGCCAAAAUUUCUGAAGAAAUAAAAAAACAAGAAGAGGAAUAUAAAAAAAAAGAAGAAGAAUUAAUAAAAAAUAAUCUUAAUGAAGCUUGGAAUAUUGAUACAAUUGGAAAAGUAACAACAAAUGCUUCUCGUAUUAAUAAGGCAAGUAACAAACGAAUAGAUGUAUCAAAAAAAAAUCAAACCGGUGAAGAGAUGGUUGAAUAUUUUGAAAAGUAUAGUCUUGAUCUUAAAAAAUUAGAAGCUGUUGUUGGUGAUUAUCCUUUGCAAAAAUUUUUACUCGAUAAUCCAAAUCUUGUUGAUGAAGAUGCUACAUCAUGGCUUACUUUAGAAGCACUUAAUUAUGCUCGAGUUGAAGAGUUUGAUAAAAUGAAAAAUUGUAUUGAAAAAUGUGUUAUUAUUCAAUAUAUUCUUGAGGGUGGACAAUACUUGAAUGAGAAACCAAGUGAUCCUCGUGUCAUAAAUGAAAUAUUUGCCAAAAAACGUCGUAAUGUACCAGAGGUACAACAAGUAUAUACUUCAAAUAUUCAAGACAUGGAAGAUCGUAUUAAAAAACGUGCAAUUGAAAAAAAUAUGGAAGCUGAUAAAGAAGCUAGAGAAAAGAGAAUUUCUGAAUCACCAGGUGGAAUGGAUCCUGUUGAAGUCAUCAAUUCAAUGCCACAAGAAUUAGCAGAUUGCUUUGUUAACAGAGAUAAGGAACAACUUAUUAAAGUAGCUUCAACAAUGCCUCAAGAUGUCUUUGCUUAUCAUUUAGAUCGUUGCAUUAAAGCUGGCUUAUGGAAUACUCAAGAAUAA